ACCUGUUAUGCAGUGUUAUUCAUCUAGUGAAUUAAACAGUGUAAGGGCACUGUUUAAGUCCCAGGAUUCUUUGAGAAGCAAUCAGACUAGGUUUUUAUCCACAUUCCAUCCGGAUUCACUCCCGUUCUGCUCUCAUUAGAAAAGAAACAGGCUUCUUCACACAGCUCCCUGAGCUUCAGGUAUUGAAGUGUUCUGUGGAUGUAUCUAGUGGAACUGUACUCCAAAGCUCUGCAUUUUUUGAAAAGCCCAGGGUUGAAGAUUUAACAAAGAAAUAAGUAAUCAGAGAUACACCAGUAGAAGGGCAGCAGGCUGCCAAAACUGAGAUGAAGCAGAACAAAAUGCCUCACAGCAAACACCAUGAACAUACAACAAGCAAGCAGGACAUUUCUUACACAGAGUUAAAGACAGCUAAGUCUACAAAGAAGCAAAGAAAACAUAAAGCCAAGCAGAGCUCUGUAAUGCUAAGUGAAGAGCAACUAAACUAUGCAGAAGUGACAUUCCACAGAACGCCUCAGCUCCUGUCCCCAAAACGGGUUGUCAGAGGAAAAAGACAAGGUCCGAAAACAACUGUAUGGAAAAUAGUAACUGGCAUCCUUGGAGCCUUGUGUGUGGUACUUAUGACAACUGUGGGGAUCUUACUUCCAAAAUUAUUUUCUAACCAAGAACAAAGCAGAGAAAGCUCACCUCUUCAUCCUCUGCUUCCUAAGGAGGAAGAUGGUGCCUGUUACCUUUGUUCACUGGACUGGAUUGCUUUUGGAAACAGUUUCUAUCAUAGUUUUCGUGAAAUAAAGACCUGGGCAGACAGUCAAUCUUCCUGUAAGGAAUGGAACUCUCAUCUUGUGGAAAUAGACUCCAAAGCAGAGCUGGAAAGCUUGCUAAUGUUUAAAAUUCAAGGGUGGAUUAUUCCCAACAUAGAUGAAGCAGAUGGUUCCUGGCUAUGUGAAAAUGGCCCCAAAAUACAGGAAACCAGAGUUAAUGAUUCAGAAAGGAAGAGUCAUAGUUGUUAUUAUCUGAAUGGAAGGCAAUUUUAUCUUGAAGACUGUUCAUCUAAGAAAGCAUACACCUGUGAGUUUAAUAUGCCAUGGUAGCUAGUCCAUUAGCAUAAAUUUUAUUAAACUAUGAAUAACAAAAUAUGUUUGUUUAAGUUUAUAAAUUUUUUACGUGUUAGG